AUGUCUCAAGAAGUGAUGCUCCCUCAAGGGUGGGAAGCUAGGUGGGAUGCGCAAUCGAACGCUUAUGUCUAUGUCGAGCAAUCUACCGGCCGAUCGCAAUGGGAAGUGCCAACUCAACCUUCUUACGGUUCGUCUCACCCUUCCACCUCUCCUGCUCCUACUCCUGCCGCUGCACCUUCUCAAGGACAAUCUCACCGACCUGGACGUCGACAAUACCCUACCGCUCAGAUUCAACAGGUAUAUGGAGGUGGUGGAUAUGAUACUCAACCUCAGCAGUCAUUAGCUGCUCCAGGAUAUCCUGAUCAAAACGCAUCUCAGCAACCUCAAUAUUUUACUCCCGGGCUUGGAGGAGCAGAUGCUCAUCAACCAUCUCAUGGUCAACAACCCGCUGCUUCUCCUUAUGGAGGUGCAGCACCUGCUCAGAGUCAACAACCUGGAUACGGUCAACAACAAUCUGCUUAUGGAAGUCAACAACAACAACAACAACCUGUAGACCAAAUGUCAAAUCAAUUCCAACAGAUGAACAUGGGCUAUCAAGGUGGUGCAGGUGCUGGCGCAGGAAUGUCAGGACAGAAACAAUUACAUCAAAUUCAAACCGUUAAUCUAAUAGGUAUGCAGCCUGAUGUAACAGGUCUAGAUACGCCUCCACCACCCUAUCUCUUACCUCCCAACGCAUCAGUCACUGCUUCACCUCACAUCCAGCCAGACCCAUCGUAUCAACGAUGUACGCUCACUUCCAUGCCCACUACUCAAUCAUUACUCAAUAAAUCAAAAUUACCAUUAGCAUUAGUGAUGGCUCCUUAUCGAUCUUUCAGGGAAUCAGAUGGAGAAGAUCCAGUUCCGGUCAUAGAAGAUAGUGUAAUUGCAAGAUGUAGAAGAUGUAGAGCAUACAUCAAUCCCUUUGUCACUUUCAUUGAAGGUGGCAACAGAUGGAAAUGUUGUAUGUGUGGAUUAAGUAAUGAAGUACCACAAUUAUUCGAUUGGAAUCAAGUUGAAAACAAACCUGCUGAUAGAUGGGCAAGGAAAGAAUUGAAUCAUUCAGUAGUAGAGUUUAUUGCUCCUACAGAAUAUAUGGUUAGGCCACCUCAACCACCUGUAUACGCUUUCGUCAUUGACGUAUCUCAACAAGCUGUUCAAUCCGGCAUGGUAGCUGUCGCCGCUAGAACAAUCUUAGAAAGUCUCGAUAACAUUCCAAAUGCCGACAGUAGAACCAAAGUCGCAAUCAUAGCAGUUUCUACAUCUCUACAUUUCUUUUCUUUGCCCGCAGGCGCCACAGAAGCUUCGAUGUUGGUCGUAUCAGAUCUUUCGGAUGUGUUUUUACCGAAACCAGUAGACUUACUUGUCAACCUUACCGAAUCCCGUCCGGCCCUCGAAUCCCUUCUUGGUAGAUUGAGCGAUAUGUUCCAAGAUUCUCACGUUGUUGGCAACGCGCUUGGAUCGGCUCUUCAAGCCGCUCAUCAACUCAUUGGUAAGAUAGGGGGAAAGAUCAUCGCUCUUACUGCUACACUACCAACCCUAGGUGAAGGUGCAUUGAAGGCUCGUGACGACCCUAAACUUCUCGGAACAAGCAAAGAAUCUUCUCUACUCAACGCCGCUUCAAGCUUUUACAAGACUUUCGCCAUCGAAUGCUCAAAACAACAAGUGGCGGUCGAUAUGUUCCUUUUCUCAACUUCUUAUACCGAUGUAGCGACCUUAUCUUGUCUACCAAGAUACACAGCUGGACAAACAUAUCUGUAUCCCGGAUUCAAUGCAUCAAGAUCCGAAGAUGCCAUCAAAUUCGCCACUGAAUUCGGUAAGGUAUUAGCUAUGCCAAUCGGCUUAGAAGCUGUUAUUCGAGUUCGAGCCACCAGAGGAAUCAGAAUGAGUGCUUUCCAUGGUAAUUUCUUUAUCCGAUCGACCGAUUUACUCGCUCUACCAGUUGUUCCUACGGAUCAAAACUAUGUCAUUGAAUUACAACUUGAAGAUGACAUCAAAGGAUCAUUCGUUGUUCUUCAAACUGCUAUUCUACAUACGACAUGCUAUGGUGAAAGGCGAAUAAGAGUUAUUACUCAAGCUAUGCCAACGACCGAUUCAAUUCCGGAACUAUACGCCUCAGCUGAUCAAGUUGCAAUCGCCACUUACCUUACGAAUAAAGCGGUUGAACGAUCAAUGUCUCAUUCACUCGAUGAUGCUAGGAAUACAGUGACCAACAAAUUAGGUGAAAUGUUAGGUGUAUAUAAGAACCAAGUCACAUCGUCAUCUGGAGCUUCAGCACAACUGGCUGUACCUGAAAACUUGAAAUUGUUACCUUUACUGUGUUGUGGGCUAGUCAAACAUGUGGGAUUAAGAGAAGGAUCAAGUAUACCUCCUGAUUUAAGAUCUUACGCUCAAGCGUUAUUGACUACUCUACCCUGUCAGUCAUUAGUACCAUUUAUCCACCCAAGAUUCUAUUCAUUACAUAACAUGUCUCCCGAAGCUGGAAACAUAGGAGACGCAGGAAUCGUUCUCCCGCAGGCAUUAAACCUAACUUCGGAGAGAUUAGAAAGACAUGGAUUGUUCUUAAUCGAAGAUGGUCAAAAUAUUUUCAUUUGGGUAGGACACGAAGCCGUACCACGACUGAUUCAAGAUGUCUUUGACCUUCCUUCAUAUGGUGAAUUGCAAGGCGGUAAAUAUACUUUACCAGUAUUGGAUAAUCCAUUCUCUCAAAGAGUGAAUAACAUAGUUGCUAAAACUAGAGAAUUAAGGAGAGGUGUAUAUAGGCCUCAUGUCUAUGUUGUUAAAUCUGACGCAGAACCAGCUUUAAGAUCUUGGGCGUUAAGUCUGUUGAUUGAAGAUAGAAUGGAUCAUAUGAGUAGUUAUGCUCAAUAUUUAACCACGGUCAAGAACAAGGUAAACGGUAGUUAA